AUGGACGACUAUGAUUAUGAAAGAUAUGAAGAUGAAAUUUAUAAAGAAAAUGUGACAGAUUCUGAAAGAAAUUCUAUCGGUGGUAUUAAUAAUUUCAAUGCUGCCAAUGUUGGUGGCAGUAAUAAUCCUAGAUUAGAUGAUAUGGCUACUCAUAUAAUAACACCAAUCAAAUUAAAAAAUCAUCCUGGUAUUUUUCAUCCCAAUAAAAAAAUGAGAGCAGAUCUAGAUGACGAUAAUUAUAACGGAGAAAUUUCUUUUACAUCAGGUAUACCCAGAGAAUCUGGUUGUAGUUGGUGUAACGAAACUACUCAUACUGAAGAAGUAUGCGAAUCACAGCUCCGUAUUCAUGAACCUUGGAGACAAUAUAAAUUAGAAGAUCCACCAGCAAAUCACAGACCUAGAAAAGUAUAUUGCUUUAAAUGUGCAAGUCCAAAACAUACUGGUCAAGCCAAAAAAACCAAAAAUGAGUCAAAUAAUGAUGCAACUGAUUUAAUGUGA